AUGGCUGAAUACAGUUGCAAGAAUUUUAAGGUAGGCAAAUGCGAAGGAGAAAAAAUAGUAGAUGGUGAAAUCAUGCCAUUAGUUCUAAACCCUAUAGAACCAAACAAGAAUGACAUUAAAUCAUUGCUUGAGUCUUUGGACAAUAACAAAGAAUGGUUUGAUAAUAUGAUUACUAAGAAUAGUGCUGUUCUUUUACGAGGUUUUGAUGUUAACAAUGCACAAAAUUUUAAUGAUAUUGUUGAAACUUUUGGUUGGGAAGAUAUUAGAUAUGUUGGACCAGCACCUAGAACACAUAUUUAUAAGAGAGUUUGGACUGCUAAUGAAGGACCCCUUCCUGAAUUCAUAUAUUUUCAUCAUGAAAUGGUCCUUAUAAAGGAAUUCCCAAAGAAAGUGAUAUUGUAUUGUGAAAUACCACCACCAGAAGGUGGGGAAACACCAUUUGUACCAAGUUUCAGAGUAACAGAAAGAAUGAUAGAGGAAUUCCCAGAAAUUGUUGAAGAAAUUGAAAAAAAAGGAUUGAAAUACACAUUCACUGCUCCAAGUAAGAACGACAAAGCUUCAAUGAGAGGUAGAGGUUGGGAAGAUGCUUUUGGUACUUCUGAUCCAACUGAAGCUGAAACAAGGGCGAAAGCACUUGGAAUGGAGAUGGAAUGGCUACCAAAUGGAGGUGUAAAAACAAUCUUGGGACCACGAUAUUUAACUAGGGUUUUUGAAGGAAGAAAGGGAAGAAAAAUGUGGUUUAAUACAUUGGUUGGAAUGUAUGGAAAAGACAUAAGCUCAGCUAUGAUGUUUGAUGGAACAGAAAUACCAGAAAAUUUUGUAAAAAGAUGUGAAGAGAUAAUUGAAGAAGAAAGCAUACAAUUCAAGUGGCAAAAGAAUGAUGUUCUCUUCCUUGAUAAUUUUGCUACACUUCAUGCUAGAAGACCUUCUCUUCCACCUAGAAAGGUCCUUGUUGCUACUUGUAAGUAA